AUGGCGGAAGAAGAAGACAGACGCAAAACUAUCAACAGACUGCUCCUCGUCAAUGCUUUAACUGAGGGGGCUUUGGAAGAGAUGAUGGAAAACCCUGAUUAUUUUGACGAGAACACUGAGGAGUUCCUUGGAGACUUGAACUGCACAGACGCAUUGGGAAAUACCGCUCUUCACCUCGCUGUACGUCAAGGACAUCCGGCUGAUGUAGUGGCUCUCUGUGGCGGGGCUGUCGACCUUGACCUCCGCAACAAGAAUGGCGAUACACCACUUCAUAUCGCUUUAAAGGAGAUGGAAGAAGAUCAGGAUCGUUUUGAAGUUGUUCAAGAACUAAUAUGUUGUGGCGCAGAGUGUAAACAGGCAAUGUCAGGCGGCCUCACACCACUGGAAUAUGCGCAAAGUCGAUAUCCUUUAGAAAACGCUUUACAAGAGAUCAUCGCAAAUCCCCCGUGUGAUGACGAGGAUGACGAGGUUGAAAUACAGCCAGAACAACUGAGGAAGCAAAUGUAUGACAGGAGUGAUUUCGUAGACGAUGAUGAAGAUGGAAGUGAGGGAUCAAGCGUGGAGGCUGAGUAG